AUGUUCUUCAUUUUCUGUAUGUCGAACGCGUCCAGUGCUCGCCUCAAAGUAUGGUGGCAGAAUUUCACAGAGCAGCUGCAGCCUAAUUAUUGGCCAAGUCAUAUUCCACAACUGAACAAAAUAACACAACUCCAUCACAAUCAGUCUGAGGUAACAACGUCUAAACCAAAACCAAGGGAGCAAGAAACCAUUAAGGUCAUCUUAUCUAGUACUACAAAGGGGAAUUUGCACUUAAAUGAUACAUCAACGAUAAAUCCAAAAAUUCCUACAACUUCAAUAACCUACCAUGUUGCUUUUGCGAAGAACUACCAUUUCAUUCUGGAUGAGCCAGAUAUGUGUCAACAAAGGAAGCCCUUUCUGGUUCUGAUGGUACCAGUAGCCCCUCACAAUCUGGCAGCUCGAGAUGCCAUUAGGAGCACAUGGGGAAAUGAGAGCGUGGUGCAUGGCAAAGUGGUCUCUGUCUUCUUCUUGUUGGGACUUUCAGGUGGAGCAGAUUCUGAGAAGAUGCAGGAGAAAGUUAGACUGGAGAGCCAGCAACACCACGACCUGCUGCAAAGCACCUUCUCAGAUACCUACUUCAACUUAACCAUCAAGACCAUGGUGAUCAUGGACUGGCUAGCUACACGUUGCUCUCAGGCCUCCUAUGCCAUGAAGAUUGACUCAGACAUGUUCCUGAAUUUGGAUAACUUGGUGGCUAUGCUGUUGAAGCCUGGAAUACCCAAAGAGAAUUACAUUACAGGAAUGGUGAUGACCAACAGACCAGUAGUCCGAAACAAAAAUUCCAAAUGGUACGUUUCAGAAGAGAUGUACCCUGAAUCUACAUACCCCACUUACCUACUAGGAAUGGGAUAUGUGUUUUCCAACGACCUUCCAGGAAAGCUAGUGAACGUGUCCAAAGAUGUUAAACCUUUCAACAUAGAAGACGCUUAUGUGGGUGCUUGCCUAAAACGUUUAGGUAUUGCACCUUCAUGGGCACCUAAUCCAUCACAGUUCAGGGCAUAUGUGGGUGCAAACUACAGGAUUGAGGAUUUUGCCAGUGCCAUCACCACAAUCCUGGGCUCAUCACAACAGCUGGUGAACAUCUGGAAAGGUCUGAAGGCACACAAUUCAAAAACUUCGACUGCUUCAACCAAACAUGUAUGA